UUCUUUACAGUCACCAUCGACUCACACCAUGCUGUCCUCACUGCUUUCUUUAUCUGUUCUGUUGCCAAUUUCCUUUUUCUCAUGCUGUCCUCAUUGCCUUGUCUGUUUGUUUGCUUAGCUAAACUAAUCUAGUAGGAGUAUUACUUUAAUCAGUGUGAGGGUGAGCCGCUCGAUUGCAGAGCAAACAAAACCAAAAGGCUCAAGAAAGGGAUUAUUAAAAAGCCGGCGGCAGCAGCACAAUUCAGUGGGCAGAUUACCCGUGCAAAUGUAGUAGUGGGGGAAUGCGAAUAUAUGUAGCCUUCUCCCUGUCUUUUCCUUGGGCCUCUAACUAAGUUAGUUAAUUAGACUAUCUCUGUAUGUUCCUCAUGCACAGGUGAGGAAUCUUUCCUGCACAAAGCACCAUCAUCGAUCAUAGGGAUUAAUUACAGUAUCUUGCAGCUCAGCUGUGUGAUGGGUGCCAUAGCCCAUAGCUAGGUCACCCCAGCACCAACUUUUGAGGUUCUUGGAGAGGAGAGAGCCAGAGAGGUGAGUGACUGACUGAUCCUGCCGCUUUGCUAGAUUCAGAUCAAACGAUAUCUUUUUUCCCCCUCCCACUCAAAUCGUAUCUUACCUCGAAUAUCUCUCUUUUAUUUUCGAUCACUCUUGCAAAUCCUUGGAUUACUACUCGGAAAGGCUAAUCUUUUUGUUGAUCCAGCCCCGUCUGUUCGGUGCCUGCUUUGGCAAAGGCCAUUAUUGCCCUUUGUUUGCUGUCCUGACUCCUGAACCAGCACAAUUUACUCACACCUGUGGUAGUACUUGCUUGCUCGCCAUCAAUGCCCAGCUCGUGACCCCUGCAGUUUGCUGCAAAUCUCCUAUCGCGGUCAAGCGUGCGUAGGUGGAGUUCGACCGGGCUUCAUUUAUUUCCCCCAAAGAUUCGAGCUUCUUGAGCUUUCACAGCUCUGAAAUUUUGAGUGCGUUCUUGAGUUCUUGAGCCUUUAGCAAUCGCGGCUCUCUCUUUCCGGCGAAGAUUUCAAGCUCCGAGAUUCGAUUUUAGUGUGUUCUUCGAGGUUCGGCUGUCGCCUGUUGCAAAGAUCCCCCUUGUUCUUGCUUGCUUGAUUGCUUCUUCCAAGAUCUGAGCUUGUCGGAGUUGUUGGAACAAGCAAGAACCCCAAUCUUGAGCUUCUGGGAUCAUUUGAAGAAUCCAUGGGUUCUUGGUCCGGCCAUGGAGGAGGAGCGGCGGCGGUCGUCUUGGUGGUGGCGGUGCUGGUGACUUGGGCGGCGGCGGGGGUGGGCGCGAUAGGUGCGAACUGGGGCACGCAGGCGAGCCACCCGCUGCCGCCGGACACGGUGGUGAAGAUGCUAAAGGGGAACGGGUUCCAGAAGGUGAAGCUGUUCGACGCGGAGGACGGCACCAUGAGCGCGCUGAGGAAGAGCGGGCUGGAGGUCAUGGUCGGCAUCCCCAACGACCUGCUCACCACCAUGGCCACCAGCAUGAAGGCCGCCGAGAAGUGGGUCGACAAGAAUGUCUCCAACUACCUCAACGACGGCUGCAACAUCAGGUAUGUUGCGGUUGGUAAUGAGCCUUUCCUGUCGACAUACAAUGGAAGCUUUCUGCAGAGCACUUUUCCUGCCCUCCGAAAUAUACAAAGCGCACUUGUAAAGGCUGGUUUGAGCAAUCAAAUUAAAGUAACCGUUCCUCAGAAUGCUGAUGUCUACCAAACAUCAACUUCCAAGCCUUCUGACGGGGAUUUCCGCACAGAUAUUCAUGAUCGGAUGCUCGAAAUUGUGAAAUUUCUGAGUGACAAUGGUGGAGCUUUUACUGUCAAUAUCUACCCUUUCAUAAGCCUCUACAUUGAACCAAACUUCCCCAAAGACUAUGCCUUCUUCGAGGGGGCUGCAUCGCCUAUUGUUGAUGGCUCUGCAACAUACACAAACAUGUUUGAUGCAAACCAUGACACACUCAUAUGGGCUUUGAAGAAGAAUGGGUAUGGAAAUCUGCCGAUCAUCAUUGGGGAGAUAGGCUGGCCAACUGAUGGAGACGUGAACGCAAAUGCUCAGUUUGCUCGGCUCUUCAACCAAGGCUUCAUGACACAUAUCGCCACCGGGCGAGGGACACCGAUGAGGCCUGGACCAAUCGAUGCCUACUUAUUCAGUCUAAUCGAUGAGGAUGAGAAGAGUAUACAGCCAGGAAAUUUCGAGCGCCACUGGGGAAUCUUUACCUACGAUGGCCUCCCAAAGUAUGAACUGACCUUGGGGACAGCCAACUCACAGCUUCAAAGAGCAAGCGGUGUGAAGUACCUUGAGAAGAAGUGGUGUGUGCUGAAGCCUUCUGCCAACCUUAACGAUGCAAAGCUUCCAGAUACUGUGAGCUACGCAUGCUCCAUGGCAGACUGCACCAGCCUUGGCUACGGGACUUCUUGCGGAGGGCUGGAUACUCGGAGCAACAUCUCGUAUGCCUACAACAGCUUCUUCCAGAAGAACGAUCAAGACGACGUAGCCUGCGGGUUCUCGGGCUUCGCUACAAUCACAGGCCAAAACCCCAGCACCGGGACAUGCAGAUUCGGAAUCAUGAUCGAGGUCGACUCGGCCUUCUCGUGGAAGCCGCAGCGUGUCAAAAACAACUACCUCCUGAUGCUUUUGCUUGUGAUUGUUCAUCUCUGCCUGUCAUUCUCAUAGGCUCUUGUUUCGCAAAGAGAUGGUGAUAAGAGCAUCAAGAAUCAGCUGACAGCUUGAGGAUAUUUGAUGUCUGCUGCCAGUGUGUUCAUCCCAGUAGGAACCUUUUCAAGUUCUUUCUUUUUCUCAUUUUUCUCCUUCCUUUCGAUGGAUGGAUGUGGAUGCCACAGUGGCAUGGUUGAAUUCUUGUUAGCGUAGCCGGUACCGUUGUGAUUGGGAUGUUGAUGAUGUUGCACUGAGCCAUUGAUCCCCAGGAAUGUAAGUGAGGGCAUAGCCGCAUAGCUUCCAUUUUUGUUA